UGUCAAAUGUCUAUAGGCGCUGUUCCCAUAAGUAAAAAAAUGUGGUUUUUGAGUAAGUGGUACGUUAUUAGUUUGAAAUAGGUCUAUUAACCAUUUUCAUCAACACAUACUGUUUUGAUAAAUCGAAAUUUCGUUUGAUGCCCAAUUCAAAGAAUCAAAACCACACGACUGUAAGUAUUAAUCCUUGUAAGAUUCAACCAAAAGAGAAGCCUAUUCGAUUAAAUAAUGCUCGACAAGUAAGAUUAGCAGCUUAUACGGUGUCAAUGGAUUGGCCAGUUUUUACUCUUCACAAUAACCACGUGAAACCAUCACGGGAGCAUGAUUUUUACCAUGGAGAACCUUGCAGUUUACGCAGCGCUGAAAGUCGUAAAGGAAUGGAAUUACCUCCAGGAGCAGGUAGUAACCUUUAUUUAAUGUUUCAAAAGCUUGUUGAAUAUGACGGGUUUUUCCACAUUGGCUCCAUUUCUCUACGUUACUUUAACUUUCUAGUGUACCGUUAUAAUUGUACCAAUGGGCAUCCUGCAACAUCCUGGAGCCCUUUUCUUUUUCCGAACCCUCCUAGAAGAUUUUUAUUAAAGCAACCGCAUUCCACAUCGUUAUGCUUUAAGACAACUAACACACCCAAGUAUGGACAUUCAAACGGUAGUCCACUCUCGUCAGAUACUCUAAAACGAACCUUAAAAAGCUCUAUGAUUUCAAAAUAUAUAACAGUGCCUCCAAACGUAGCCCAAAAGCCUACAAGAGAUAAAUAUGCUUCUCAGUGUGCGAAAGAAAUGAACCCAUCUUUAUUUUGUGAUCUUGAAAGACAAAUCUGGAUGGAUCCCGAAAUCCGUGUGGAAAGAGCCUUUCGAAUGUAUGCAGAUUCGAAAUAUUGCACAAAAGGUAGUCGCAUUAAAGACAUUUCUCAACUUCUUCGUCCUGGAUGGUAAUGUUAAAAUUUUCUUAAUUGUCUACCUUUUAUCCUUGUUCUGACUAAGAAGCCUCAUAAUGCUAUUAAGGUUCAAAACUUAGGUUAAAGUGAACAAAUACAAAAUUGCUAGUCAUUUUUAGCCUUUGUACCUCUAAGUCUCUCCCCUUGUUUUUAUAAACACAUUGUAAAAUUUGUUUUAAGAAAAAACUAAUUUUUUUUUUUAAUUUAUUUUUCUUCUUUAAAUGCAAAUCUAUUCAUUCAAGUAACGCCUGCUUUAAUGUAAGAAAACAUAAAUGUUGCUUGUUUCGUCA